AUGAUGACAUCUCCAAACUUUGUCUUCUUAGUGGCGUAUUUGCUCUUUGGGAACCUGGUUUGUCUUUUCUCGUCUUUUUCUACAGCUCAGACGAACCAUCUUGUUCUGUCCACAACUGCUCAUCAAGACAUUGGAUUUAUAUCAGCUAAUGUUGGUGACAACGUGUCUUUGUCAUGUUUAUUCAGAGUGGAUGAUUUGAAACUUUACUGGUACAAGCAAACACUGGGUCAGAAGCCACAGCUUAUCUGUAUCGUAGAAACGUCAGGUGCAAGUGGCCGAACAGACAGUAAUUGUAAUGAAUUUGGAAAAAAUCCACGCGUCUCACUUCAAACUGAUGCUGGUUUGAAUCACUUAAACAUUUCUGAUGUUCAACUUUCAGACUCAGCGACUUACUUUUGUGUAGUCGGUCACUCACGUUGGCUUAAAUUUAAAGAAGUCAUCACUGUGAGUGUGGAGGGUUCAAGGUGGAAUCUUCACCCUCUGGUCCAUCAGUCAGAGUCACAAAGACUUCAGCCAGGAGAUUCUGUCACUCUCAACUGUACAGUUGACACAGGAGCAUGUGCUGGAGAAGAACACAGCGUUUACUGGCUCAAGAACUCUCAAGAACCUCACCAUGGAACCAUUUACACCAAAGGAGACAGAAGUGAUCAGUGUGAGAGGAAACCCAACACUCAAACACACACCUGUGUCUACAAAUUACCAAUGAACAGUGUGAAUCUCUCUCAUGCUGGGACCUACUACUGUGCUGUCGCCACAUGUGGACAUAUACUGUUCGGGAACGGGACCAAACUGGACUUUAAGGGUAAGAAACUUCUAGAUGCCACCUCAUCUGAUGAGUAG